CAGAGGGACCAGUUGGCAGUCAGCCUGCGAGCUGCAGACGUAGUAGGUGUUGCAGCAGAGAAUUAAGUGCGUCAUCUCGUAUACGUAGUGACGUUAUUAAUUGAAGAAAAUCAUUUCACGAGACUACUUUUGCGUUGUCAACCACACGUGACGCAAGACCAAAGUCUUUUGAGUUGUGCGUGUAGUAGAGCGUCCUACCCUCUCCACGAACAGUUUUUAGCCAAAAACAAGUUGUGUGAUACGUUUAUCAGUAUAUAGGUGCAAGUUUUGUUAGUGUGUAUCUCACUGAAAAAGAAGAAAAUAAGCGAGUGAGUGUGAGCCAAAGCAGCAACGCAGCAAGCACGACCAGAGAAACACACAGCGCACCGAGGCGGAGUAAUAUGAGUAAUGCACCCAACCAAAAUGGGUCAGGUCUAGAGCAGCAAAUAGCUGGUCUGGACUUGUCAGACAACCGCCAACCAAGCGGUGGUCGCUACGUUCCACCUCAUCUCCGAAAGGGAGCGACAGAUUCAUAUUCGGACGGCCACGACCGUGCUCCCCCACCACCACCACCGUCGUCGUCUCGCUUCCAGGACCGCGGCGGCGAUCGUGACCGUGGCCGUAGCGGCUUAGGUGGCGGCUACCGCGACUCUCGUGGUGGUGGCGACGGUUACAGGCGUAACGACGCCGACUUUGGCAACUUCGGCGGACGUAAUCGCCGUCAAGAAAAUGGCCGCGAUGGAGGCGGUUAUGGUGGACGCUAUGAUCGUCGCGACGACGAUCGUCGCGGAGGCGAUGACAGACGUAGCACUGGUUCCGGAGGUUUGCCCUCUGGCAAUGAUCGUUGGCAGGAGCCGAGGAACGAUCGCUGGCAGGAGCUGCCGAGGAAUGACAACAGAGGAGGAGGUCGUUGGAAAGAAGAUGACGGUAGACGUGGUGGCAAGGAGAUCGACUGGACAGUUCCACUCGCAAGAGACGAGAGGGCCGAGAAGGAGCUCUUUGGCGAGAAGAGCACGGGUAUCAACUUUAGUAAAUACGAGGAUAUCCCGGUUGAGGCAUCCGGUGACAAUAUCCCGGCACACAUUUCAUCUUUCGACGAGGUUAAGCUGACGGAGAUUAUCAAGAAUAGCAUAAAUCUCGCCGGUUACGAUAUGCCCACACCAGUGCAAAAGUACGCGAUCCCGAUAAUCAUCAAUCGUCGUGACGUGAUGGCAUGUGCACAGACGGGUUCGGGUAAAACGGCCGCAUUUCUCGUGCCGAUACUUAAUCAGAUUUACGAGAGUGGCCCGUCGCCUGUACCUCAUAAUCCAACUGGGCGUCGCAAGCAGUAUCCAUUGGGUUUGGUGCUGGCACCAACCCGUGAACUCGCCACUCAGAUAUACGAUGAGGCACGCAAGUUUGCCUACAGAUCGAGAAUGCGUCCUGCAGUGUUAUACGGUGGUGCCAAUGUCAUCGAACAAAUGCGCGAACUUGAUCGCGGUUGCCAUUUGCUCGUUGCUACACCUGGACGUCUCGUCGAUAUGCUUAGCAGAGGCAAGAUUGGCUUGCACAAUUGUCGCUACUUAGUACUUGAUGAGGCUGAUCGUAUGCUUGAUAUGGGUUUUGAGCCUCAGAUUCGACGCAUUGUUGAAGAAGACAAUAUGCCUCCUACCGGAGAACGUCAGACGCUCAUGUUUUCGGCCACGUUUCCAAAAGAGAUUCAAAUUCUUGCUCGUGAUUUCCUUAGCAACUAUAUAUUUUUGGCCGUUGGCAGAGUCGGCUCCACCUCUGAAAAUAUUACUCAAAAAAUCGUUUGGGUUGAGGAACACGAGAAACGCUCGUAUCUUCUUGAUUUACUUCAGGCUGCUGAUUUUAAUAAUGAAACGAAUACUGAGGCUUUGACACUGGUGUUCGUUGAAACAAAGAAAGGGGCCGAUAUGUUGGAAGAGUUUCUGCACCAGCUCAAUUUCCCCGUAACCAGUAUCCACGGUGACAGAUCGCAGUAUGAGCGUGAGGCUGCUUUGCGUAGUUUCCGCGCUGGUCAGACGCCAAUUUUGGUUGCAACUGCUGUCGCUGCUCGUGGUCUCGAUAUUCCUCAUGUAAAACAUGUUAUCAAUUUCGAUCUACCUGGUGAUGUCGAGGAAUACGUCCAUCGUAUUGGUCGUACUGGACGUAUGGGUAAUCUUGGUUUGGCGACGUCAUUCUUCAACCAUAAAAACGCCAAUCUUGUUCGCGAUUUGGUGGCAUUGCUGAUGGAAGCUAAUCAAGAGUUACCUCAAUGGCUCGACAACAUGUAUAGCGACUCUAGACACGGUGGUGGCGGCGGUGGUCGACGACCUGCAUCAAAGGGUAGCCGCUUCAGUGGAGCAUUCGGAGCCAGAGAUUAUCGUCAGUCGAGCGGUGGACCGCCUGGACGCAGUAACGGUUCUGCCAAGUCUGGUGGUUAUGGAGGUUACGGUGGUGGCGGUGGUGGUUACGGCGGUAACUACAACUCUUAUAACAAUUCCGGCAACAAUAGCAAUAGCAAUGGUGGCGGCAGCGACUGGUGGUGAACGUGAAGCAAAUUUUAGAAGCAUCACUUUAAAAAGUCACCUGCACAACCGUCUACGAUGCUACCAUUAUAACUACUAUUCUACAGGCAAAUUCAACUAUAUUUAAGAAAGUCACGCGAGGCGAACACAUAGACCGACAUUAAAUACAAGAAUUAUCUAAAUAGACAUGCGCGCGAGCGCGUACAAAAAGGCUAACAAAUUAUAAGUCGUAUACGUCGACACGAUGUAACACAUAAACACAUGCGUAUACACGUACACAUACGUAUAUAUCUCACAUAUACAUACACGCGCGCGAAAAUGAAAAAAAUAUCUACAUAGUAGGCAAACAAUUUACGAGACAUAUUUGCAAGUAGUGUUAACACUAUUUACGAAGAUUGCCAGUGUGCAUUAUUAAACUCGAAACAUUGGCAGCCAUCAAAGAAAUUAUGUAACGUGAUUGUUUUCUGAUUCCAUGAGAGAAAAAGAAAUGACAAAAUGAAAAUAUGCGAAUGUGCAAUGAUUGCAAAAAAAGAGACAUAGGCGGGAAUCUUUGAAGCGUUAUUAUUUCUUUUUACUUCUUUUUUCCCUGAACAAGACGAGGGACUUUGCGGCCUUGUCUCGUUGCGCCAACUAGCGCACGUGUUAGUAGAAUUUUUCAUUUUACUUAAUUAAUCAAACAAAACAUAGAGCUACUUCGUGCGUUGCUUACUCGAUGUUUAGAAGCGAACAGUUGAUUUAACGGGUAUAACGCAUGAGAAAUAAAAAAAGAAAAGAAAAGAGCGUUUAAUUGCGCGCUUUUUUUUUUUUUUUUAAACUUAGUUGAAUUUAUAAAUGGAUACUCGUGUCGAAUAUCAAAUGAUUUUUGCGACAUUUAAGUGAGGCUCGUUGUGACUUUUUUCAUAAAUAAUCGAAGAAAAAAAUUCUUCGCUCGUUAUCUCCACGAGCAUCUAUUACAAUUUAAUAUUAUAAUUAUUAUUACUUUUUUUUUCUUUCGACUUAAUAUUAUUCUAAAUCGACGAAUGGUACUUUUGUCCUUUGCCGUCCCUAAACAAUUAUAAAAGAGAGACGAAGAGAAGCUUAUAAAAAUGAAAUCAACACAAGUAUACUAAAGAUUCUAUCGAGCACAUGAACACAUGCGACAAAGAAAGUGUAAUAAAAUAAAUACACGCGCGCACGCUUCUUCAUGAGAAAAAGAAAAAUGAAUUCCAACUUGCUAGACUUAAAAAGAAAAGCGUAGAGGAGGUGUGCCUACCUUUCUGCGGCUGUUAUUAUUGUAAUUUAUUUAUUUAUUUUUUCCUUUUUUGUUUCCUCAUCGCAAACAAAUGAGCGCGCAUUAACCCGUACUCGAGCAUCUUUCAUGUGUUAUAAUAAUCGAAGACAUUUGUUGUGUGUGUUUACGCCGAUCUUCUCUAUGAACAUACGUUUGUGUAAAAAAAAAACCAAAUAAGAUAGAUCGUCGUUUACGGCUUUGGAGGACAUCAAUUUACAGAUAGAAAGAGAAAAAACUUUGUCCCGCAAACAAAAAAUCGAGCGUAUUUUCUCUUUUCGUUCGCGUUUAUUCGAAUAUAAAAUCGGGAGGGGGCGUAAAACUAAGGUUGCAGUUACAGGAGCAGCUUAUAAAUACACAUGAUAGAUGGGAAGAAUUGUAUGUAUGUUGCUUGUGCGUUGAGUGUAUGUGUGCGCGAUAACAAAGGAAAACAAUUAAUUCAUUUAGCGGCUCGCGACAAAAUGAAAAAUUUUGAACGAAAUAUACAGAAGAACCCCGUAUUGAAGUGUAAGCCGUCGAGAGCAUAUUCGCAUUGAGACAACUUUUUUGUAUUUUGAACGCGGUAUGAUGUGCGCUGUACGUAUUAUAAAUAACGUUAAAAUGAUAAGCAUAAAGUUAACGUACCGUAAAAGUAAUUAAAAAAAGAACAACAAGAUUAUUUAAACAAAAAUAAAAAAUGACGACUGUGAUAUUGAACGAUCUUGUGAACAUUCGAUUAUAAAAGCGCGAAACGCGUCUGGGGAAUAAGAAUUUCUUUGUCGCGAAAAAAGGAAUAGACAUGCAAGAACACGGGUGAAUAACACAAGCUCGCAAUAAUAUUAACAGAGACAAAAAACCUCGAGAAAGAUUAUAGCAGAAAAGGGAGGUCAAGUUGAAAAGCGAAUUGCGCUGUCCGAUGUCGCGUCAGGGAGGGAUGAACGAGUUGAUGAGAGAUAUAAGAAGAGAAAAAACAGCCUCGGGAGAGAGAGAGA